CCUUUGGAAAAGCAAACUCCUACAUCCCAAGGCAGUCAUGUAAAUUGGAAGUCCAGACCAUUCAUUAACCACAGAGAAGACAGUCUGAGAGUGAAGUGAGGAGCCUGUAGAAUACAGCAGGAAGAGCCAAGACAGAAUGGCGUGGCAGGGGCUGGUGCUGGCUGCUUGCCUCCUCGCGCUCCCCUCCGCCACAGCAGACUGCCUGUCCCGGUGCUCCUUGUGUGUUGUGAAGACCCAGGAUGAGCCCAAACCCAUCAACCCCCUGAUUUGCUCCCUGCAAUGCCAGGCCACCCUGCAGCCCGCUGAGGAGUGGGAGAGGUGCCAGGGCCUUCUGUCUUUCCUCACUCCCUUCACCCUCGGGCUUAAUGGCAAGGGAGACUUGGAGAGCAAGGCAGCUUUGGAAGAGCCCUAUAGUGAGCUGGCAAAGCACGCGGGGCCCUUCUUGAAGGAGCUGGAGAAAAACAGAUUCCUUCUCAGCACCCCAGCAGAGGAGAAUGAUCUGAGCAGCAGCCUGGCGGAGAAGCUCAGGGGUCUCUCUGGCAGGCUGGGGGAGGAAGCAGAGUCUGAGCUGAUGGGGGGGGCCCAGCCGAAUGAUGGUGCCAUGGAGGCUGGAACACUGGAUGCCGAUGAGGAGGACCCCAAGGAGCAGGUGAAACGUUACGGGGGCUUUUUGCGCAAAUACCCCAAAAGGAGCUCAGAGGUGGCUGGAGAUGGGGAUGGGGAUGGGGACGGGGACAAGGUGGGCCACGAGGACCUGUACAAACGCUAUGGGGGAUUCUUACGACGCAUCCGUCCGAAGCUCAAGUGGGACAACCAGAAGCGCUAUGGCGGUUUUCUCCGGCGCCAGUUCAAGGUGGUUACUCGGUCUCAGGAAGACCCCAAUGCCUAUUAUGAAGAGCUUUUUGAUGUGUAAACACCUCUCCAUCGUGGAGUUGAGUCAGGAGCUUCCCGUAAUGCCCUUCCAGAUUGGAGUGAACGCAUUCAUUUGCCCCUGUAGCCCCCAUCCCUACGCUCAUUUCAGCAUUGUCUAUAAGACAUCCAAACCUAGCCUGCCUCUCUUCUGCCUGGGUGCAGUGUUUGUCUGGGUCAGUGAGGAGGGAGGAUGGAGGUUCCCCUCUCCAAUAGGCUUAGCACUUGGCUCCGACCCUACACCCCUAAAACUACUACCAGCAGCAGCUUUUGGUAUCAAUCCCAUUCAUGUGACUCCCCAAUUCCAGGAAUCCAGACUGACCUCUUGAUCCCUCUGGAUCUAUGAUCAGGCAUUCUGAUCA